GGCUCCCGCUGGCGGGAAACGCGACCCAACGGUCACACACAGAAAGAGAGAGAGCUCUGUCAUGAACUCGAUCGUCUCUCUUUACUGUUCUUCCUUUCCGUGCUUCUUCCCGUUCUCGAUUUCUUCCGUCCGAUCUCGAGUCUAGGGCUUCCGACGGAGCCCUAGUUCGGAUUUAUCCCCAAAUCCGUUCUGGGGAGGUUGAAUCGAUCGACGGAAAGAUGGGAUCGGCGACGGCGAUCGAUUUGAGCCUCACGAAAGUGGAUAAAACUACCAAAUCCGGCAGCUGCGGUCGCCAGAGUUCUACGCGUUCAGGAGGGAAGAAGAAGUCCUCGAAGACGUCGCGGAUUUCUGGCAGUAAGCGGACGUCUGAGGCGGCUUCGUUGGAGACGGUUCUUCCCCGGAAGACGCCUAGCCGGGCCGCGGCCAUCGCUUCGCUGCAGAACCUCAAGGAGAAAUCCAUCCGGUUGCCGGAGAAGCCCGACCUUAUCGUCGCCAAGACGGACCGGGUAGUUGAGGAUGAAGUUACUGCCUUAAGGUUGACGGUUGAUGGACCUGAGGAUGAUUCCGGCCUUCCCCAGAGGGGCCUAUUUGAUUUCAUCAUCCAUGACGAGGAUGGAGUUGCUCAGCCAUUGGAGAUGCUCGAAGUGCAGGAUCUCUUCGUUUCUAGUCUCGUCCUCCCACAAGGCAAGGGGUCUGCCGAUCGAUCUUUGGGGGUCAUGUGCGAGGGUUUUGGGCGGAUAGAGAUGUGGUCAAUAUCUGGAUUUGAGACGGGAUCACCAACCGUCUGGGUCGGCACCGAGGUUGCUGAGUACUCAUGCCUCAAGCCGGCAGGCCUUUACAAGAGGAAUUUCGACUUGUUCUUUGACAAGGCCUUGCUGUGUGUUGAAGUGUUCAAGAAGCUCUCGAAGUCAUUUGGAGGAGAUCCAAGUAUAGGGUUGGAGGAAUUGAUUGCCGGCACCAUCCGGUCGUUGACGGUGAACAAGAGUUUCUCUGGUGGGAACCCAACAAGGGAGUUCAUCGUUUCCCAGGGGGAGUUUGUGUUCAAUCAAUUAGCGGGACUCGACGAAGAUGAGUCUAUGAUUAUGGCAACUAUCCAAAAUGGCCGUUUCUCAGAGAUGCCUGCAUUGAUUGCAUUGCGAGACGAGUGCAGGCAACUUGGAUUUUCGUCAUUUAGACCUGCAGGGAGCAUAAAAAUUAGUGAAAAUUCCACUGGUGGUUCAGUUGAUGAGGAGAUGGACGAGAGUGAGAAAAUGGCUAGGUUACUGCAUGAAGAGGAGCUAUGGAAGGCGAUGAGGCACAAAAAUGUGAAAUGUCGUGGUCGUUCUAGAAAGAACGAGUACUAUAUAAAGAUCAACGAAUCUGAGAUAGCUGCGGAUUAUCCACUGCCUGCAUUUUACAAAGCGUCCGCGGACGAGACUGAUGAGUAUCUGUUCUUUGAGGAUGAUGUUUACAUGUUCACUCCUGAUAUGCUCCCUCGGCGGACUUUACAUGAUUGGGCUCUUUACAAUUCCGACUCAAGAUUGGUUCCACUGGAGGUUUUGCCCAUGCAGCAAGGAACUGAAUCUGAUGUGCUUAUUUUUGGCUCUGGUUACAUGCUAGAUGAUGAUGGAAAUGGGUUCUGUGACUAUGAAGGAAGUGGUACUGGAGGAUCAGAUGCAGGUAGCGUGAAGGGGAUUCCCGUUUAUCUCAGUGCUAUCAAGGAAUGGAUGAUUGAAUUUGGUGGGUCAAUGCUAUUUGUAUCAAUCAGGACCGAUGGUGCAUGGUAUCGACUAGGGAAGCCAUCAAAGCAGUACGCUCCAUGGUUCCAACCUGUUGUCAAGAUUGCCAGGGUUGCCAUCUCCAUUAUCAAAAUGCUAAAGAAUGAAAGCCGGGUAUCCCGCCUUUCCUUUUCUGAUGUUGUCAAGAAAGUUGCUGAGUUGGACAAGUCUGAUCCUGCUUUCGUUUUAAGCAGUCCACAAGCAGUCGAGAGAUUCGUGGUUGUGCAUGGACAAGUAAUCCUUCAACAAUUUGCUGAAUUUCCUGAUGAGACGAUUAGAAAAAGUGCAUUCAUCAAUGGUCUCUUGACAAAGAUGGAGCAGAUGCGCCACACCAAGCUGGCGAUGAAGAAGGUGACAUUGAAGAGGGAAGCUAAUCAGAAUCCUGUUGCUGGGUUGAAGCUGGACAGCGUCAGACGGAAGACAAUGCAGGCAACUACGACAAAGUUGAUCAAUCGGAUUUGGGGUGAAUAUUAUUCAAAUUACAUGCCUGAGGAGGACGCCCAGAAAGGUGCAGCAGUGGAUGAAGCGAAGCCAGGGGAGGAGGAGGAAAUGGAAGAAAACGAGGAUGAUGAGGAUGAAGAGGAGAUAGCUGAUCUGGCGCCAAAAGCAUGUCUGAAGCCUUCUCCUUCAUUAAAGUCAUCAAGAACCAAGUCCAGAGCUAGUUUGGCCGAGUGGAAGGGAGUCUCAGUUGGAAAUCUGAAAUCCGGCGAAUCACUUUAUCGUGAGGCAAUCGUUCGUGGGAUUGCCAUUGCUGCUGGUGGUGCUCUGCUGGGGGGAAUUGAUGACAGGUUGCUUAUAGUGUUUAUUGAGUACAUGUUUGAGAAAGCCAAUGGCUUGAAGAUGAUACAUGGCAGGCUUCUGCAGAGAGGCUCUGAAACUGUGCUUGGUAAUGCAGCAAAUGGAAGAGAGCUGUUCUUGACAAAUGAAUGUGUAGACAUAGAACUUGAAGAUGUGAAGGAGACAGUAGUGGUGGAACUUCGACGAAGACCUUGGGGGCAUGAACACCGAAGGGAGAAUGCUGAUGCAGAUAGACUUGACAGGUUGAGAGCAGAAGAGAGAGAAAAGAAGGGCUUGCCUACAGAAUAUUACUGCAGGAGCCUCUAUGCACCAGAUAGAGGUGCUUUCUUCUGUGUGCCUUAUGAUACAAUGGGAUUAGGGAAUGGUUCUUGCUAUGCUUGCAGUUUCAGAGAGGCUUGUGUUGAAGACUUCAGCAUACUUGCUGGAAAGUCAGGUUUUCUUCACAAGGGAGUGCGAUACUCAGUCAAUGAUUUUCUGUAUGUAAAUCCACAAGAAUUUUCAGCAGAGGCAGAGUUGGACCAGGAGAAGUUUAAGGCAGGUAGGAAUGUUGGUCUGAGAGCAUAUGUGGUUUGCCAGUUCUUGGGGAUAGAAGUCUGCAGUGGGUCGAAGCAUGCCGAUGCAAAGUCUACAAAGAUCAAAGUUCGGAGAUUUUUCAGGCCAGAAGAUGUUGGGCAGGAGAAAGCAUAUGUUGCAGAUAUCAGAGAAGUUUACUAUAGCAAUGAGACACGAACCAUCCCAGCAGAGAGUGUUGAGGGGAAAUGUGAGGUCAGAAAGCAGCAUAGUCUCCCUGAUACGCAUGCUCCUGCCAUCUUUGACCAUGUAUUCUUUUGCCACUGUAUCUAUGAUCGUGCCAAUGGCUCGCUCAAGCAGUUGCCUGCCUCUGUGCGGUUUGAGUCCUCUAAGGCCAAGGCGAAAGACAAAGGAAAAGGCAUUCAGGGAGAAGAAGAAAGACAGGCAAGUGGCAAAGAUGUAGAGGGAGAUAUUGAAACAUCAGAAAGGUUGGCUACCCUUGAUAUUUUUGCUGGCUGUGGUGGUCUGUCUGAGGGGUUGCAGCAGUCAGGGGUUUCAUUAACUAAGUGGGCUAUUGAGUAUGAUGAUGCUGCUGCUGAAGCAUUCAAGCUUAACCACAGAGAAGCACAAGUUUUCAACAAAAACUGCAAUGGGAUACUGAGGGCAAUAAUGGAAAGGUGUGGUGAUAAAGAUGACUGCGUUUCUACUCCUGACGCAGCUGACCUUGCAGCCAAACUGAGUGAGGAACAGAAGGAAAACCUGCCUCUUCCUGGUCAAGUGGGCUUCAUUAAUGGUGGCCCUCCUUGUCAGGGCUUCUCUGGAAUGAAUCGUUUCAAUCAAAGCACCUGGAGUAAGGUCCAAUGUGAAAUGAUCUUGGCAUUCCUCUCCUUUGCUGAUUACUUCCGGCCAAGGUUCUUUUUGCUGGAGAAUGUAAGAAACUUCGUUUCUUUCAACAAGGGGCAGACGUUCAGAUUAACAUUAGCCUCACUUUUGGAGAUGGGCUAUCAGGUAAGAUUUGGUAUCCUGGAGGCUGGUACGUAUGGUGUUGCUCAGUCUCGUAAACGUGCAUUCAUUUGGGCAGCUUCUCCAAAAGAGACAUUACCAGAAUGGCCUGAACCUAUGCAUGUAUUUUCAAGUGCUCAACUGAAAAUAACACUUACUGAAGGCUCGUACUAUGCUGCUGUGAAAAGUACAGCAGGUGGGGCACCUUUAAGAUCCAUAACUGUAAAGGACACAAUUGGAGAUCUACCUCCUGUUUCAAAUGGAGCAAGCGAUCAGAAGAUUAUGUAUGGAAAUGCUCCAGUUUCAUGGUUCCAGAAACAAGUACGCGGUGAAAUGACUACUCUGGUUGAUCACAUAUCAAAGGAGAUGAAUGAAUUAAACUUGAUUCGAUGCCAAAGGAUUCCAAAGCGACCUGGUGCUGACUGGCAUGAUUUGCCUGAUGAAAAGGUAAAAUUGUCUUCAGGGCAAUUGGCUGAUCUUAUCCCAUGGUGUCUCCCUCAUACAGCUAAAAGGCAUAACCAGUGGAAGGGACUGUAUGGAAGAUUAGAUUGGGAGGGUAACUUCCCAACUUCCAUUACUGAUCCCCAGCCUAUGGGAAAAGUGGGCAUGUGUUUCCAUCCAGAACAAGACAGAAUACUAACUGUCCGUGAAUGUGCCAGGUCGCAGGGUUUCUUGGAUAAAUAUGUUUUCUGGGGAACUGUCCAAAACAAGCAUAGGCAGAUUGGUAAUGCAGUACCACCUCCACUGGCAUAUGCACUUGGUCGAAAGCUGAAGGAAGUGGUGGAUAGAAGGCACUGAAGAUCCAAGUGCUUAUAUGUAAAUUUUUCACAAAAUUAAAUGUAAUUUGACAAUUGAACUUAUCAAUUGUACUUAUUCUCCAACUAAAUUGUGCAUAUGAAGCUUUUCUUUUCCUUCA